GAAAAGAUUCGAGUUGCUCUUUACGUUCAGAAAGCAGGACUGCAGUUUAUUGAUGCUGGUGCUGGUGAUCAAUCCAAUGAAAAGCCAGGACAGGAUGAAUACAAGCCGUCUGAAGAUGCCAGAACUGCAGGUUUCAGCAUUCACCCAGAUGAACUUGCAUCUAUCACGCGUGGCCGUGAUAUUAAGGCCUUGAAAAUGCAUGGUGGAAUUCAUGGGAUUUUAAGGAAAGUCUCUGUCUCGCUAGAUGAAGGUGUCAAGGAUAGUAACAUACCAAUCAGGCAAAAUGUUUAUGGCUUAAACCGCUAUACGGAGAAACCUCCCGGAACAUUUUUUAUGUUUGUAUGGGAAGCCCUACAAGACUUGACAUUAAUUAUCCUUCUGGUAUGCGCUGUGGUUUCAAUAGGAGUUGGAAUUGCCACUGAGGGGUGGCCAAAAGGCAUGGACGAUGGUGUGGGAAUUCUAAUUAGUAUAGUUUUAGUGGUUAUGGUUACUGCCAUUAGUGACUACAGACAGUCAUUGCAAUUCAAGGAUUUGGACAGGGAGAAGAAAAAGAUUUUCGUUCAGGUCACUAGGGAUAAAAAAAGACAAAAAGUUUCCAUUUAUGACUUGGUUGUUGGAGAUAUUGUCCAUUUGUCAAUUGGGGACCAAGUUCCAGCUGAUGGAUUUUUCAUAUCAGGAUACUCUUUACUGAUUGAUGUGUCAAGCUUGUCAGGUGAGAGUGAGCCGGUGCAUGUAUAUGAAGAGAAGCCUUUUCUUCUUCCAGGAACUAAAGUGCAGGAUGGGUCAGGUAUAAUGCUGGUGACAACAGUUGGUAUGAGAACUGAAUGGGGAAAGUUGAUGGAAACUCUGAGUGAAGGAGAAGAAGAUGAGACCCCACUGCAGGUAAAGCUGAAUGGUGUUGCUAGAAUUAUUGGCAAAAUUGGUCUGACUUUUGCUGUGUUGACAUUUUUGGUAUUGGCAGUAAGAUUUUUGGUGGAAAAAAUACUUAACAACGAGAUCACUGAUUGGUCUUCAACCGAUGCAGUAAUCCUAUUGAACUACUUUGCCAUUGCACUAACUAUAAUUGUUGUUGCAGUUCCCGAAGGAUUACUAUUGGCAGUGCCGCUGAGCCUUGCUUUUGCUAUGAAAAAAUUAAUGAAUGAUAGGGCACUCGUAAGGCAUCUCUCAGCAUGUGAGACAAUGGGUUCUGCUAGUUGCAUUUGCACAGAUAAAACAGGGACAUUAACCACAAACCACAUGGUAGUUAACAAGAUAUGGAUAUGUGAAAAACCUUUAGAUGUAAAUGGUAAUGAGAGUAAAGAAAUAUUGAGUUCAGAAAUAUCUGGAGCAUCAAGCAUCCUUUUACAGGUUAUAUUCCAAAAUACAAGCUCUGAGGUUAUUAAGGAAGAUGGAAAGACCUCCAUUUUGGGGACACCAACAGAGUCAGCAUUAUUAGAAUUUGGUUUACUUUUGGGUGGCGAUUUUGAUGCCGUGCGCAGAGAGGUUAAUAUUCUUAAGGUGUUUAAUGAGAUAAACUGCCGUGACAUAGAGAAGAUAAACAUAUUCAUGGGCAUGUUUGACAGCCGGGUAUUCCUAGGCGUCGUGGUUUGCACAGUGGCCUUCCAAGUUAUUAUAGUAGAGUUCUUGGGAGCUUUUGCUAGCACUGUUCCACUAAGCUGGCAACUAUGGUUACUCUGCAUUUUACUUGGAUCAGUUAGCAUGCUUGUUGCAGUUGUGCUCAAGAACCCUCGUAGGAGGUUCCGCUUCUUCGCCGAUCUCGAUAAGCGGUCCGAGGCGUACAAGAAGUCUUUCUCUCUCUCAGGUUAUGCACUAGAUUUUCAAGUCACCAACAACAUAGCAGAGUACAAAGCUUUGAUCAUUGGCCUCGAGAUGCUGGGAGAUUCCAUGCUUGUUAUGAAGCAGAUUGCUGGAGAAUGCAAGUGUUUAAAUCCUUCCUUAACUGUUUAUUUGGCGGCAACCAGAAAUCUCAUGGCAGAAUUUAGGGAAGCCACUUGGCAACAUAUUCCAAGGAAAGAGAAUUUUACAGCCAAUGAAAUGGCUCAGAUAGCCAUAGGAGUACAAAUACCUGAAGACUGCGUACAGAGAAUCAUCAAAGUGAGGAAGAAGAGUCUACCAUCUAUUCUGACCAAGGGAAUGGAGAUAGAUGUCAAUUCUACCAUAAUGACUGAAGAGGAUUGGAGAUUGCCUAUAAUUAGUUGUUUGCAGUAG